GCUAUCAACUAAAAUGUUUGUAAAUAGUAUACUUUGAACUGUUCGUGUACACAUUCGUGACCGGGGUUUUUUUUUUUUUUUUAGAAAUUCUAAGUUAUCGGGAUGACUACCUGCUAGUAACGUAACGUGCCGUGCCGUGCGGUCUGCCACACAUUCAUCUGCGAUCCAGUUAACAGGACACCAACAACAUGGCCUCGUCGUCUGCCACCUCGUCGUCCCGUAGCCGUGGACAAGGUCACUCGACGUCAACUAUUCUGACAAAUCGAGCUAAAGAUAUUACUGUGAUUAGUGAUGUCGCUUUCAAAGACAGGAAAACGCCUAUAUCGCCUGACAGACCACCGAAAGGUACUCGUCAGAUGCACCGAACAACAUUGACGUUCGAUAAACAACCACCAAAAAUGGAUUAUUUGACGUCAUCGUUUUCGGCAUUUGGUGGCAGUAAGUCAGUCAGUCCUGCAGUGCGCCCAUUGCCAUGCCCAUCUCUGCAUUCCUCACAUUUUGACAUCGGUAUAACCAGACAGAAGUUUUAUAAUACACACUAUGGUGGAAAUUACCUGUCAAAGGAAACCACACAUCCCAACGAAACUCAUUACCCAUCUUUAGUCAACCGAUCAUUUAAUAUGCGAGGUGCUGAUAUGCAGGAUGUACUUGUAAGAAGAAAUUGGCAACCUAAUUACUGGAGUUCAUAUACUGAUGUACAUGAUAGAUUAGGAAUGCAAAGGGGACCAGGAGAAGCUAGACCAACCCCAGCUCACAUCAGACAUAAUAUUAUCAAUGGUCGGCGAAUAGGACCUGAGAUACCUCAAGAUCACCACAGGAUAUCAGGAAAUAGAGUUUUAUACAAUGGUUAUAGAAGAGAUAACCAUGACUACUUUGUUUUGGGUUAACAUCUGUUUUCAAAUAAUAAAUGACACUUUCUUUUUAGCUACAAUAAAUAUUUUCUUUUCCUAACACUGCCGGAAAUCAGGAGGGUGGUUCCACCACGUGUCAACAUUUGCCAUACCAGAUCCACAUAGAACAUGCUGCAUUGCAAUGACUGUGGCACUUCAAUGAGUUCGAACUAAUUCACAUUGGAUCAUGUUGGGCAAAUAUAUAUGUGGCAUCCUGUUUUUUUUAAUUCCGUCCCAGUAUUUAAACAGUACUUGCACGCGUGGAUUUAGGGGGAGGCGUGCAAAGAAAACAAAUUUACAAAUCAUUUGACAAAUCCAGCCCACCAGAGGUGCGCGGACUUUGGCACGUCAAUGGGAGCACGCCCCCCCUUACCGAAUUUCUGGAUCCGCCGCCAGUAUGUCAUUUAAAUAUAUUCCAUCCAAUCUUAUUUAAUACUUUCCACAGAUCUCUCUAUAUUUUCCUGUCAUGCUGUUUUCAAUUUUGA